GUUCAACUAUUUUUCGUUUCGUUGCUAAUACGUGUAUCGUAUACUAUUCACUUCAUUCAGCAUUAUAAAUAAUAUAUAUAUAUAUAUUUUUUAAAGAACCUGAUUAUAUCCUCUUUUGAAAUGGCAUCAAAAAUUGUAAGAAGAAUAAUAAGCACUGCUAAGGCCCCAAAAGCGGUUGGACCUUAUAGGUAAUUUUUAUGAAGCUCCCUUCAAUUGAAGUAUUUAAAAUACAUUGCCAUGCCAUAUAAGUAUAAGCCAUAAGAAUAAAUAAGAUUCAUACGAUUAUUUGAAUUUUUAUUUGGCCAAAAUUUAAUCUAAAUCUAAAAAGUUUAAGUCGAAGUGACUAAAGUUACACUUAAGUAAGCUAAGGCCAGGCUUAACUUUAACUUAAGUUAAGACCUAAACUUAAAAGCAUCUACAGGCGGGGAUCAUCCAUACCAGUAUAAGUUAUAAGUAAAUCACACAUCUAAGUCUAGGUAGGAGAAGGCGAAAGUGGGGACCAGACUAGUUUGGGGGUGCCAAUAUCAUAUUCAUAUAUAUUAUAUGGGGUAUUUUAUUGAUGAAAACAUAAGUUUCAGAAUUGAGGAGGGUUGGUUGUAAAAACUGUAUCUUGUGCCCGGGCGCAAAACACUCUAAUAUGGCUUUGAAUUUGAAUGGCAAUGGGACUGACUUUAUUUGAAAAGUUAUUUAAUUUAAGACAAAGAAUUGCUUCAAAGUAGGCCCUAAUUAAAACAUCAAUUAAAAAUCUUGCCAUUGUCCCUUCCAAUUCCAAGCAUUUGAGAAAAAAAACAAAACAAAGUAGAAAUAUUAUUAUUGUUAUAAUUAUUAUAUCAUUUUUAUCAUAUGUAUGUGAUUAAAUAAUACAAAAUUAAAAUUCUUGAAAAUAUUUAAUUUUAAGUCAAGCAGUGCAAGUGGACAAUACCCUUUACAUUUCUGGUCAGAUUGGCUUCAUUCCAGAGACAAUGGAGAUUGUUCCAGGAGGAGCAGUUGCAGAAGCAGAUCAGGUAAAUUGAAUUUGUUAAUUUCUAAUCUAUUUCAAUGAGAUUCAUUACUGAAAUAAAAUUUAUUUUAAGAAAAUAUUAUUAUUUUUUAAUUUAAGCAGCUCAUUUUUUUACAUUUCCCUUUCUUUUUUAGGCAUUAAAAAAUAUUGGAUCUAUCCUAGAGGCAGCAGGAAGUUCUUAUGACAAUGGUAAGAGACAAUAUAUUAAAUGAAUAGGUUCCCAAUCACAAAUGUAAUUGUGACCUUGUGUUUAAAAAAUCCCCCAUGUUCAAGAUUUAGGAAUGAAUGUUCUGCCAUGUUUGACAGUUGCAACUGCAAUAUGACUGCAUUUCAAAUUCAAUCUCCUGUGAAGUUUCACUUUGAAAUAGUUUGUUAGGUUUGGUCAAUCAACUUAUCAGUGAUCAGACUUUUCUUUGUCAUUCACAUAUUUUUGAACUGGAAAGUGAACAUAAACUUUUUCAUCUUUGAAUUCUUUCUAGUUCUAGCUUAGGUUAAGAUUUAGGGGAAACAAAAUUUAUAAAGGAAAAUACAAUUAGGUCUUGUUUUUUUAUUUUUCUGAGUUUACAUUUUUUUCAAGUUGUGAAGACCACUGUUCUUCUACAAAGUAUCAAUGACUUUGCAGCUGUCAAUGAAGUCUAUGCAAAAUGUAAGUAAAAAUAAUUUUCUUACCUGUCACUGUUACUAAUCUUACCAUUAUGUCAGAAUUUUUAAUUAUCUAUCUAUUUUCUGUUCACAGGAGUGUAAUUAACAUUAUCAUGUCAUCUUUCCAUAAGUGGCAAAUUAUUCAGCAGGAGAUUUUUGUAAAAACUGUUUUUUUAACAAAGCUGUCAUGUUUUAAGCUCAAAUGAAAUAUUACUGAGAAUUGGCCUUGUAUUGUCUUUUAGACUUUCCAAAAACCAAACCUGCUAGGGCUGCUUAUCAAGUUGCUGCACUUCCAAAAGUAAGUUUUGACAUAAUACAUUUUAAUAUUGUUUAUCAGUGAAGCAAAACUUAUUAUGGGGGGAGUUUAACUAUUCCUAAAAUAUAUUCCUAUGAAAGUUGAUUUUCAUCCAAACUUUUUUUUUUUUCAGGGAGCGACUGUGGAAAUUGAAGCUGUUGCAGUAAUUGGUGAAAUAAUUGAUGCCUGACUAUCCAACCCAUCAAAAACACAUAAUUCCAGUAACCUUUAAUUUGUAUCUAUGUAAUACCAGGUUUGACAGCAGCAGCAUAACCAGUAAAUAUUGUUUCUGAAAAGUACCCUUUUAGUUUUAAAUUCUGUAUCUAUAUUUUCAUUAAUUUAAAAACAUUCUCCCUCUCAAUUCAGUCUUGAUUAAGGGUUCUAUGCAUUACUUGUGUACUGAUACAAAAAGCCCUACAGUCAUAUGUCUUUGAAUGGUUACAUCUUGCAAAUAUUUAUGCAAUAUAUACCCAAAAACAUGUAUUCUUCAAAAAAUUAUUUAUUUAUUGAUUCAUAUUUUUGCCUGAAAAGUUGUGUAAUUUUUAUUUCAAAUGAAUUUAGGGAUAUAAAAAUAUUGUAUUAGUAUACUAUUAGCUGGGCAAAAUGGUGACAGUUUUGUUAUUUAAAAAAAUUGUCAUAUUAAAGACAUGAUGAGCUUGAUUAAUGGCAGGCAUGUAAAAAAAAAAUUACCCAUGUCAACUUUGUUUCUUUAAUAGAUUGACCAUGCACUUCAACUGAAUGGCAAAGAAAUAUUUUUUGUCUUUGCAUUUAUAGGAUCUUUCUUUAAACUCCACCAGCUGUCUUAACCUGUAACUUGUACUAUGUUUUAUGCUUGUUGGAUUUAAUCAGUAUUUUAACAGUUAUACAAUACCAGAAAUCUAUUUAUCCUUGAAAGUUCACAUUUAAAUGUUUUCCAAGUUACAUGUCACAUUGUUUGAAAUAAUUUGGCAUGAGAUUAAUUAUUUCAUUUCUCAAAAAAAAAUUAUUUAAUAAACGAGAAAUAACCCACCAAACAAUGUGCGACCUUCCUAUUUACUAAGUUAUUUGACAAAAUAUGGAUUAAAGUAACUUUGUAAGAAUCCUAAGUUGUGGUGUCUUCUGGGUAUUUUAUUUUGGGCACAUAUUGAGCAAGAGCCAUGCAUGGAUACAUAAAGAAUUAUUUGUUAUUGUCAACUUUGACUUUUAUGUAUAAGGAAAAAAGCUAUAGGUGGACUAUUCAUUACAAUUAGUGAUAUCCUAUUAAUAAGUAAUAGAUUUCUUAAUGUCUUAUAGAAUUUUUUGUUGAUGUAAAAAAAAAUAAUAGAUUUAUGUGAUAUUUUUUAUGCCUUACUAAUGGGAGUACCAAAAAACAGUCAUUAUUUCUUAUUUUUAUAAAUAGUAUAUACUUUUAUGCCAUAGAGGCCAUGAUUAAAAUUAAAUAUAAUAGAUAGUAUAUACAAUUUUGAAUUACAUGUGAUUAUUAUUGAAUGCAUCGGCAGUACUCAAGAUUGUUUGCCAUUUGAACAGAGUUUUAUGAGUGAAAUGCACUCGUUAAUAAAUGUUAAAAUCAAUUUAAUGUGUUACUUUCUCAUUU